AUGAGCAGUUUUGCAAGGCGCAGUGAAGGGGAUGAUGCGUGUCUCAUGAAUCACCAAAUGGCAGUGUCUGGCUCAUACGGUCAGCCGGAGAGUCAUGACUUUAAGCAAGAGGGCCAUGAUUUCAACACACAUAGACCUGGUUUCCCUCAGCAUUCCUUCAACAUAUACGGGUCUCAUUUUGGGCAGCCCUCUGCCCCGCAGUCGAGUCUAUCUCCGGGGUUGCUGUACAUGUCGGAACAUUCACUUGAUGACCCUAGGCUACACCAUCCGCCGCAGUUUAUCUCCCAAUCGCGCUACCUUCAAGGGCCAAGGUAUUUGCCCCGCGACCCGCUAGGUGAAACAGAGAUUGAAAGCCAGGAGUCUUACAACGAGGCUAUAUUACUAUCAGAGGAUAUAGUGCCCGCGCUUAGCGGCUUCCCUGAUGUAAAGGAGUUUGAUCAACUGAUGCAGAACUAUAUUGAGGAUCUAUCUAAACAGAAACAAGAUAAAGCGUUGAUCCAUGCUGAGAGAGCCCGGAACAUUAGAACUGUGUUGAUUGACCCUAAAGAGACCGCGGUGGAGUCAGCUCAGUUUCGGUUUUGGGUCAAAAAGAUGUUCAAGCUCGAAGCUGUGGGAUCUGAUCAUAGGAAGAUGAUCUGCCAUGAGGGAAAGCCGGUUGCAAUUCGCCAAAAAUUGUUCAAAAUCCUCACUAGGGCCCAUCAGAAAUGUCAGCAUGGUGGCCGAGAUAAGACAUCUACUCAGGUCCGGCAGAUCUAUUCAUGGGUUCCUAAGGAACUGAUCGCUCGCUUUGUCAAGAUUUGUCCAACUUGCCAGGUACGCCGCGGAGGAUCACGCCUAAUGCCGCCGACUUCGCGAAGAAGCUCCUCCAGAUUGGUCUCCCGAUCCCUUAAACUACCAUCGCCGCCGAUCUCGCGACGAGAGUCGACAUUUGCCAGUCAAUUCAACAGGACGGAAGCAGACUAUCUUGGUCAUUUACACGAUCAUAGUGGCUGGCUAGAUAGUAAUCAAAAUGUGUAA